CGGUAUUCGACGCGCACUACAAGCGCGUGUCGGCUUUGGAACUUACGUCGGAUGAUUCCCACUUAGUCACGGCAGGUGAAGCCGCUUUGGUGCCUAUAUGGAGACUCAUGGACUUGCUAGACGAACCAGACGCAGCUUCGAGCUUCCAACAAGGUCUCACACCCGUGGUAAGCUUCACAGACCACGUGCUACCUGUCACGUCGCUGCAUGUGGAUCUAGGCGGUGUGAAGGCCCGCAUCUAUACCUCCUCUCUGGAUCGUACGUACAAGCUCCGGUCGCUCAAUUCGCCCCAGUGCCUGUACAGCGUCUCCUGUCCGUCGUACGUCAACAUGUGCAUUGCUGACCCCAUGGAGCAGCGGCUUUUCAUGGGCUGUGGCAAUGGACACAUCUACGCACUGGACUUGAAUGCUGCUGCCACAUCCGUCACAGCAGCGACGGCAUGUGGCUAAUGCUUCGACAGGAUCUUCGUCUGCCAAAGUUGCUCCUUGGGGUCCCGAGGCGACGCUGCCGAAUUCGUUCGAAGGUCAUGAAAGCAGUGACACUACACUGCACAUCCACGCUAGUGGGGCCUUCUUAAUGUCAGGAGACGAGAGCAGCGCUUUGCAUGUGUGGGACAGCAUCAGUCACCAGUCGCUACGCAACAUCAAGCU